AAUGUUUGCUACGUGUUUUCGAACGUUUCGCGUUAGUAACAAAUUUGGUACAUUGGCACGUUAUGAGUCCACAUUGGUCAUAGCAGAACAUAAUAAUGAAUCAUUAUUACCUAUUACAUGCAAUGCAAUAAGUGCUGCAAAAAAGAUUGGUGGAGAUAUAACUGUAUUGGUUGCUGGUACCAAAUGUGAUUUAGUUGCCCAAGCUGUUAGCAAAGCAAAUGGUGUUUCUAAAGUCUUGGUAGCUGAAAAUGAUGCAUUUAAAGGAUUUCUUCCAGAGGCAUUAACUUCUCUUAUUGUUGCAACCCAAAACGAACAUAAGUUUACUCAUAUUAUAGCUGGAGCCACUGCUUUUAGUAAAUCACUAUUACCAAGAGUUGCAGCUAAAUUAGAUGUUUCUCCAGUAAGUGAUAUUAUUGGAGUCAAAGCACCUGAUACAUUUAUUCGUACAAUCUAUGCUGGAAAUGCUAUUCAAACUUUGAAGAGCAAAGACAAAAUAAAGGUAGUUUCAGUGAGAGGUACAUCGUUUGAACCAGUUCCAUUGGAAGGAGGCAGUGCUAAAUGUGAAUCUGCACCUGCUGGUGAUUAUAAGAUGAAUCUGGUCGAGUUCAUUAAACAGGAGUUGACAAAAUCUGAUAGACCGGAACUAACAUCUGCAAAAGUUGUUGUCUCUGGAGGAAGAGGAAUGAAAUCUGGAGAUAAUUUCAAGUUACUGUAUACACUGGCUGAUAAAUUUAAUGCAGCUGUUGGUGCAUCCCGUGCAGCUGUUGAUGCUGGCUUUGUGCCCAAUGAUUUGCAAGUUGGACAGACUGGAAAAAUUGUUGCACCUGAUUUGUACAUUGCUGUGGGUAUAUCUGGAGCAAUUCAGCAUCUUGCUGGUAUGAAAGAUUCAAAAACAAUUGUUGCAAUUAAUAAGGAUCCAGAAGCUCCAAUCUUCCAAGUAGCGGAUUAUGGCCUUGUUGCUGAUUUGUUCAAGGCAGUACCAGAACUUACAGAAAAAUUGUAAAUUUCAAAUAUAUUGUUUUCA